UUUCCCCCCGUUUAUCCCGGUUCCUCCCCCAUUCCCUUUAUCCCCUUUCCCCCGUUUAUCCCCUUUCCCUUGUUUAUCCCCUUUAUCCCCAUUUAUCCCCUUUCCCCCAUUUACCCCCUUUCCCCCCAUUUACCCCCUUUCCCCCGUUCAUCCCGGUUCCCCCCGUUUCUCCCGGUUCCCCCCGUUUCUCCCGGUUCCCCCCGUUUCUCCUGGUUCCCCCCGUUUAUCCCGGUUCCCCCCGUUUCUCCCGGUUCCCCCCGUUCAUCCCGGUUCCCCCCGUUUCUCCCGGUUCCCCCCGUUGACCCCUGUCCCCCCGUGUCCCCCCCAGCCCCGGUGACCCUGGACCCUCUGACGUCCCACCCCCGCCUGGUUCUGUCCCGGGACCGUCUCAGCGCCCGCUGGGUUUACGGGGCCCCGGAGCCCCCCCCGGCCCCCGAGCGCUUCCAGAACGUUCCCUGCGUCCUGGGGCUGCCGGAAUUCCGCCGGGGCCGGCACAGCUGGAGCGUGGAGCUCUCGGGGGACCCCUUCUGCGCCGUGGGGGUCAGCCGGGGGUCCCUGGGGCGCCGCGACCCCCCGGUGUUCGCCCCACGGGGGGGGGUGUGGGCCCUGCAGCGCUGGGGGGGCGGCGGGCGCGCCCUGACCGAGCCCCCCACGCCCCUGGCCCGGCUGCCCCGGCGGCUCCGGGUGGCCCUGGACUACGAGGGGGGCAGGGUGGCCUUCUUCGACGGGGAGGGGGGGGACACCCGGCCCCUCUUCGCCUUCCCCCGGGCACGCUUCGGGGGGGACGCCCUGAGACCCUGGUUCUGGCUGGAGCUGGGGGGCAUCAACAUCCUGCCCUGAGCCCAAAUCCUGAUCCCAAACCCUGAUCCCAAAUCCCCCAAACCCUCAGGCCCUGGUUCUGGCUGGAGCUGGGGGGCAUCAACAUCCUGCCCUGAGCCCAAAUCCCCUAAACCCUGAUCCCAAAUCCCCCAAACCCUCAGGCCCUGGUUCUGGCUGGAGCUGGAGGGCAUCAACAUCCUGUCCUGAGCCCAAAUCCAUCCAAAUCCAUCCUCCCCUGGUCCCAAAUCCAUCCUCCCAAACCCUGAGCCCAAAUCCCCCAAACCCUCAGGCCCUGGUUCUGGCUGGAGCUGGGGGGUAUUAACAUCCUGUCCUGAGCCCAAACCCUGAUCCUAAAU